AUGCUUCAGAAUAAUUUCUCCUUAAAAGAGAUGACUCUUAAUACAAUUUUAUUAUUGGGAUUCUCAGUGGGAUUUAUUCUGGGGACGGCUGAUAAUCAGGAGCCUGUAGCAUAUCAGAUAUUUAAGAAAUCUGGAGAAUUUAUGAUUGGCGGUCUAUUCCCUGUGCACACAACUGUGGUGCUUUUCAGUUUAAAUCCCACAGGUUUUCUUCAGGCUUUGGCAAUGAGAUUUACUUUAGAGGAAAUUAACAACAGCACUACUCUUCUUCCCGGAGAAAGUCUGGGAUAUGAAAUGUACGACACCUGCCUAAAUUCCUUGGUCAUCAUCCACCCCGUCCUCAGAUUUCUCACUAGAGAUGGGACAGAGAAUAUAGAAAUUCAGUGCAACCUCACGGAGUACAGAACCAAGGUCAUGGCAGUGAUUGGACCGUCAACCACUGAGAUUGCCACGGCGUGUAUGAAACUGCUAAGCACCCUACUCAUUCCACAGAUCAGUUAUUCUGUCUCGGCAGAUAUCUUCAGUGACAAAAGCAUCUAUCCGUCCUUCUACCGAACUGUGCCAAGUGACAAAAAGCAAGUGGAGGGGAUGGUGACCUUAAUCUCCUACUUUAAAUGGAAUUGGAUCGCAGCGGUGGCCAGCGAGGAUGACUAUGGCGAAACGGCUCUUCGGCAAUUUUCCUCCACGGCCAUGGCAAAUGGCAUCUGUAUUGCCUACGAAGGCCUCAUCCCUUUGUAUCUCUCAGGCACUGAAACAAGAAUGGCGAUAGAAGACAUGUUGGACAAAAUUGAACAGACCGAUGUCAAGGUGGUUCUUGUCUUUGCAACGCUGACACAGUCUAUAGCAUUUUUCCACGAAGUGAUCAUGAGGAACAUGACCAAAGUAUGGAUAGGGAGUGCGUCCUGGGUCCUCUCGCAGAGCAUUUUAUCUCUGCCUGGUAUAGAACGGGUUGGUACCGUCAUUGGGUUCUUUCCACGUGCACAGACUGUUUCAGGAUUUGGUCAAUAUUUAAAGAAGGUGGUGUCAGAAAUGUACCCGGAUCAGUCAUCCUUCCAAUCUACUUCCACACAAUCCAGUGCAAAUUAUCGAGGCAUUGACUUUGAAGUUGAUAAACUCCCCGCUAUAUUACACCCCGUCACAGAAUUAUACGCGCAGAGCGUGUACACGGCGGUAUAUUCAGUGGCACACGCUUUGCACAAUCUUCUUAACUGUGACUCUGUUAAGUGCAAUAAGGAAAAUACUACCAUCUAUCCCUGGAAGUUACUGGAAGAAGUAAGGAAAGUGAACUUUACCAUAUUUAACACUACCUUCGGCUUUGACAAGAAUGGAAACCCUAAUACCGGAUACGAUAUUGUUACCCACAGCCUGACUGAUAUUGGGUUCACAAAGAUAGGAUCCUACAACAAUGUCAUGGACCUUAACACUUCACUCAUUGACUGGGGUACUAAAGCGAACAAGGUUCCUGAAUCCCAGUGUUCAGGAGAAUGCUUACCAGGACAGAUUAAGAGGGUAAAAGGAACUCAUUCUUGUUGCUUUGAUUGUAUCGACUGCCAAGAAGGAAUGUUUCACUCUCCCGCUGAUGACUAUGAAUGUUAUCCUUGCCCAUCAGGUCAAUGGUCUAACACAAGAAGCACGGACUGCAGUGACCCAACUUACUUAUACCUGAAAUGGACCGAUAUCUCAGUCAUAGUCCUUCUUUUGCUAACUUGCAUUCUCCUCUUCCUUGUCCUUGGAACUCUCAUUCUCUUUGUAAAGAACAGAAACACUGCCAUUGUACAGGCGUCCGGGGGCAACAUGAGUUUGUUUGCCCUCGUCUCUUUGCUGGCAGUUGGUACCAGCAUGUUCUUUUUCAUUGGAAAACCCACUCUUACGAUGUGCCAAUGCCAACAGCCAUUACUUUCGAUAGGUUUUACCUGUUGCCUCUCUACUUUUUCCGUAAAGGCCCUUCAAGUGAUGUUGGUCACGGACUUUAAAGGCGUACCAUCAAAGUAUAUUCAAUUUCUUAAAACGCAAGGUACAUGGGCAUCUGUCAUCUUUAGCAUUCUCCUUCAGUGCUUAUUUUGCAUGUGGCAUAUCCAGAGCAACCAACACCUGACUCCAGAUGAACAGGUCACCUUCCUUUCUAAGUAUCUCAAGUGUGAGAUAUCUAACGUUCUUAGCUUUUCCUUGAUGUUUGGAUACAAUGGGAUUCUUGCGCUCAUGUCUUUCAUGUUGAACUGCGUAGCUCAAGCACCGCCUGGGCAAUACAAUUUGGCAAGAGACAUUACAUUUUCCAUGCUGGCAUACCUGCUUAUAUGGAUUGUCUUUGUCCCGUGCUACGCAGAACUUACCGACGGCAAUCAACCCUUGUUGCAGAUGAUAGUCACACUUGUCAGCUCCUUUGGCAUAAUGCUGGGUUAUUUCUUUCCAAAAUGUUACAUUCUUCUGGUAAAACCGGAAAUGGGAACUGAAGAAUAUUUUAAAAUAUAUAAUAAUUAGUUUCUCUUGAACCAUUAUUACUUGUUUUUGUGUAAAAAUAAAACAAAGAUGGAUCCAACAUUUUACGUAACCUCUGUGUCCAACCUAGGAGCACUUAAUUUUAUUUAAUAGUCCCAAAUAAAGAACCCAAAUGUA